AUGCCCCAUCGAGAUGACUUGGCACAACUUUGCAAUCUCUGCAAUAGAAGAGAGAAUGAAGACACAAUCCAUUUUAUUGCAACCUGUCCAAUGUUGCAGGAAAUUCGACGAUUGUAUUUCGACCCAACGGGAAAAAUCGGAAAUUUGCGAGCACUUAUUGGACAAUCCAGACGAACACCACUGGAUACACUUCGACCAAGCGAAGGUGUUAACUCAAGAGUCGCACUACAUCCCACGGCAGAAGUGGGAUACGAAUUUAAAAGACAAAAACAAUGCCCUAUAUUCAAAGAAGUCAACGAAGUCAAAGAAGUCAACGAAGUCAACGAAGUCAAAGAAGUCAAAGAAGUCAAAGAAGUCAAAGAAAUCAAAGAAGUCAAAGAAGUCAAAGAAGUCAAAGAAGUCGAAGAAAUCAGAGAAGUAGAAGAACUCAGAGAAGCUGAAUAA